AUGGUGCAGAAGAAGCUAGUAAUAAAGGUGCAGAUGACUUGUGACAAAUGUAAAACCAAGGCCUUGAAGCUUGCUGCAGGGGCAGAAGGUGUGACUUCCGUGGCAAUCGAAGGAGAAGAUAAAAGUCUGGUGGUAGUGAUAGGAGAUGAAGUUGAUUCGGUUUGCUUGACCCGGUCACUGAGGAAGAAGGUUGGCUAUGCCACCAUAGUGAGUGUGGCACAACUGGAAGAAAGUGAUGAGAAGAAAGAUGAAGACAACCCAACUACAACUAUAUGCUAUUCGGGUUAUGGACAAUAUCCACAGUGCCCUUCGUACUAUAGAGUGGUUUCUGAUCCAUGGCCUAGCAAUUGCUUCUUCAUGUGA